AUGGAGAAUCGCCAGCCGCUGCAGAUCGCCCAGGGCGACAGUGAAUCCAGGAGGAACGUCUUCCUCGGCCAUGAGUUCGUCGACGAGGACACCACGCAGCACGUGCGCAGCGUGAUCCUUGCAUCUGGGAUCAUGGCGGGCAUGCAGGUGCUGACACUGCUGCUGUCCUUCGCGUCGGGCCGGCACCUGAUGGGGGCGUUUGUGAACUUCGUGAUCGGCAUGAUUAUGCCCGGCUGCGGGUAUUUCGGGGCCACCAAGCAGAGCUCCCAGCUGAUGUGCUGCUUCUCGUGCACCAGUUUAGUCUCCGCCAUCUCUCAGAUCCUCCUCACGGUGAAUGUGCUUCUGGCCAUCUGGAUCAUCGAGUCCAAGGGGGAGGUGUUCUGCGAUGCGCUGUGCGGCGUCAUGGGCUGCAACAACCACUCCAGCCUCUGCAGCUGCGAAAUAGGCUGCAGCCGGGGAGAUACCUGCUGCCCAGACUACAGCGAGAUGUGCGUGCAUGGAGUGCAGCAGAGACGAUCGGAGAGCUGUGAGAAGCUGACUGACUCUUUGGAUGAAGCUGGCAGCGUCGUGGGUGCAAUCUUCCUGGUCCUCGCGCCGCUCUCCGUCGGACUCAGUGUCUAUGCUUGGUAUCAUAGCCGGAAGUUGUGGAUACAGCUGCUGGAAGGCGACCUCCUGGUUGUGAACCCACGCGGGCGGUCGAUGGAUGCCGAG